AUUGUGUAGCUCACUGAGAUAUUGACCUUGGCCGGCGCCAAACCUGAAGUCUGGCAGAACAGUAGUGUUCCUUUUGGCAGCGACCACAUUAUUUUUAUAUGGGAGAAUGUAUUUUGCGUGCAGUGGCUCUGUUGGGAUUAAUGUGUCGAUCUAUGCAACAACAAAAAAAGAAACCUUGUUGGAUUAUAAGAUAUGAAGAACAGUAAACCCCUGGUAUGCUUACAUUGUUUUUCUUACCUCCCUUUUGUUCACAGAAUAGCAUGGGAUUUAUGUUUUAGAUACGGUGAAGUUUAGAAUCAACAAUACUUGAGGUAAUUGUAACGACUAUUGUGUGUGUGCUUUUUGAGGUAGUCUCAACUGCGUGUUUAUUUGGACGGUGAAGCUAAACCUUUUAAUUUGACUCUAUACUCCAGCAUUUUGGAAUCGAGAUCAAAUGUUUGAGGUGACAGAACAGAAUGUCACGUUAUAUUUGAGGGUAUUGUCAUACCUCUGUUUCAGCAUUUGGAAAUGAAAGCACUUUACGUGUAUAUGGGGGCGGCAGGUAGCCUAGUGGUUAGAGCGUUGGACUAGUAACCAGAAGUUUGCAAGAUCAAAGCUGACAAGGUAAAAAUCUGUCGUUAUGCCCGUCGUUAACCCACUGUUCCUAGGCCGUCAUUGAAAAUCAGAAUUUGUUCUUAACUGACAUGUCUAGUUAAAGGUAAAAUAUAUAUAGUCCCCCCCCCCCCAUUUGAAGGUGUCAAGUAUUUGGAUGAAUAUACACUGAACAAAAAUAUAAAUGCAAGAAGCUGCAAUAAAGAAUCCCAGGCCUUUUCCAUAUGCACAAAAGCUUAUUUCUCAUUCUGUGCACAAAUUAGUUUACAUCUGUUAGUGAGCAUUUCUCUUUUGCCAAGAUGCUACACCUGGAAGCUGAUUAAACAAUAUGAUCAUUGCACAGGUGCACCUUGUGCUGGGGACAAUACAAGACCACUUUAAAAUGUGCCGUUUUGUCACACAAACAAAUGCCACAGUGGUCUUAAGUUUUGAGGGAGUGUGCAAUUGGCAUGCUGACUGCAGGAAUGUCCACCUGAGCUCGUGCCAGAUAAUUUAAUGUUAAUUUCUCUACCAUAAACUGCUUCCCAAGUCGGUUUACACACAGACCAUGUGGAACCACGCCAGCCCAGAACUUCCACAUCCGGCUUCACCUGCGUGAUCGUCUGAGGGGAGGUGGGGGGCACAACAAUCUGAAACACAACCAAAACUACUCUAACUCUGCUUAGUGUGCUGCAUACAGCUCCAUGCAGAUCAAGUCCCCAUCUGACUCCUGUAUUCCACCUGUAUUAUAUUUUGCUGUAUUUGGCAUCUUUAACAAUAUCUAAGGGGGACGAGAAAUGGUCUACUGCCAUUCAUCUAGAAGAAAAAGAAACGAGGUGCUGGCUAGCGGAGUAGAAACUCAGAUGCAAAAAUUUUAAUACCAACGUUCGACAGCCAAGCUGUCUUCAUCAGGGUAUAAUAAUUCAUGACACAGCAGUGACAUCUUGUGGAUAAAUUGAUUACAAUAUUUAAUUUAGUACACAUUUUCUCUCGGGUGGUUGAAAAUGGCAUCUUUACAGACAAUACCACUUACAAAUACAUUUUUUUCCAGAAUAUCUACUCAAAGGCUAAAAAAUAAAUACAUAAAUAUGAAACUGUUGCCAGGGAAUUUCAAGUCAUGGUGUCCACUAAAAAUAGUUUCACCUUGCAACAUUGCAUAGUCUGGCAGUCCAAACAGUGCCUGGUCAAAUAUCCCUGUCCAGUGUCCACUCCACACUGUGCUGGUUGGGGGAGGAACUCGACCCCUUUUCCCCUGCUCCUACUUCUCUCCUUGUGCCUGUAUCUAUCUCCCUGGAAAAUGAAAUAUGCUAAUAACAGAGAUAUGAAGCACCCUCUAGUAAGGAUGAGAAACGUUCAUUCCCAGUCCUCUCUGGGGAGUGACACCGACUCGCAGCCUGUCCUGAAAGAAGAGGAGGAAGAGGAGGUAACACUAGAGGAGGAGAAAGAGACGGAAGAGGAGAAAGAAGGGGACGUAUUGACGGACUUAGAGCUGGAUCCUGAGUUGCCUGAGGAGUAUUCCCAUGGCCUGGAGGACCUGAGGUGGAACCUGAGCUCUCUAGAGAAGGCUGUAUAUCUCAGCCUGCCACCGUGGGUCCAGAGAGCAUUGCUGUGCAACCUCAUGGCUAAAUGUGGUGUAAACAACUCAUUCUUCCCAGCCCGUCUGCUGUCCUACCUGCUGCUGCCCUACAUACUGCCAGCCUCUAUCUUUCUCCAUGUCAACUACAGGGUGCUGUGUUGGCUCCGCCAAGUCCCAGGGAAGUGGCUGUGGCCGGGUGUGGAAAUGGCUGUGCCAUUCCUUCUAAAGCUCUCUCACCCCAGGAAGAACCUCAUGCACAGGUUGUGGCCCUCUGGUCCUGUCAGAUUUUGGCCCGGUGGUCCUGCCAGGUUGUGGCCCUGCAAUCCUAUCAGGUUGUGGCCCUGCAAUCCUAUCAGGUUGUGGCCCUACAAUCCUGUCAGGUUGUGGCCCUGCAAUCUUAUCAGAUUCUGGCCCCUAUGCUUUCUGGCAUCUGCCAAAGAAACACAUACACAGUUUAAGAGUGCAGAGGAUCCUCCUCCACAGCAGCGCCGUCGCUCUGUCCUGCGGUUCCAGCUGUCCACCACCAGCACCCAUUACACAACCGAGACCCCCAACACCCCAACCGAGAGCCACCUUGAUCCCCUGGGCUUCUCCCUCCUCUUCAACCUGGAACUAGCGAUGGACAACCAGCCCAAUCAGCCCAACCACCAGUCUCUACUCCACCAAAGCGAGAGGCUGCUGCCACUGGAGUAUGGCCCCUGCAUAAAGGAAGAGGCCCUGGCCUCCCCACACAUCUCCCACAUGGGGGUGGAGGAAGAGGAGGAGAGGAUGUCUCAGGGAGGGGAUGAGGUGGAGGAAGGGUUAGCUCUCCUCCGCAGGCUUCCUGUGGAGUGUGCCAAUACUGGCUACUAAUGUUGGCUGACUUUAGGGUCAGGAGUUUUUCCCUGAUCGGGUCACAUGGUUGGGAAUGUGAUUUUCUCAGCAAAUGAAUAGCAGACCUAAGUCUGCCUGUAUCCAAUUCACAACUAGUUUGUACUUUGAAGUAUAAUGUAUGUUGAACCCGAUUAGUGAAGUUGACUCUCAUGUGCCGCAUGAGGCAGUAAGCACAAAAGCUCUCUUUCUGCUACGCACUUCCAUUCUCACUCCAGGAUUGACAAUGACUGGAAGGAAUGAUGAUUAGGGUAGAGUCCCUCUUAGUCACGUCACAUAGUCAAAAUAAUUCCCUCAUGUCCCUUAUCAGCUGACUUCCAGGUAAAGUAGUACUUAUAUUAUAUUAGAUGUAUUUUAUGAAAUUGUAUAUGCAGCGCUUGAAAGAGACACUGGUCUCAAUGGUGAAUCCCUGAUUAAAUAAAGGUAAAUAAUGUCCACAGGACAUGUAUUACACCUCAACUAGUUUAAUCAGAUUACGUUCAGGUAUUUGAUCGUGGGUAUUGUUCAUCAAGUGAGUGGCAGUCCUAUGAGUGGGGGGCUACCCGGCAGAGAUGAAAAUAUCAUCUUGAACGGAAAACUCCAUUCACCCACUGGCAGUAGGAAUUUACAGCCUUGGGCACAAGAAAGGCAGCAAAUAGCAAGCAGGACAUUUUUUCCUAUCUGGUUACUAUCAGUGUUUGAUAGGAUCCUAAUAAACACCAUUAAUUUGUUAAGCUGACUAGUAAUACCUUUGGAUUGAGACAAUGUUAAGCCUUUUCACCUUGACCAACUGUUUUGCUGAGGUUGAGUGGAACUUAGUUCAUUUAAAUAAAAGUAAUUAACAAAUGAAAA